AUCUGGCUAACAAUGCUAACCGCCUAGCCGAAUAGUCGACCUACUUCAUAACAGCGAGUGUUACAUCACUGUGGGUCGUGUCCCACCUGGAAAUAUCGGCCUCUACAAGCCAACACUGUCGGGCUCCCUACACAUAUUCUACGACACUAGCAUGUCACAUUAAAUAGACCGGCAGAAAGAACAACAACCGUGUCUACUUUUGUUCCGGGGGCGACUGUUCAUCAUUUUUGAUUGUGAGACAAACGAAGAGUUAUGUCCUGUCCGUGCACAUCGGCUGCCAGGUUGAUUCUCAGUACAGCCCAUCGAGGACUAUCCUGCUCGAGGGGCCAGCUUUAUUCUUUGAGUCGCCAUGGUUCUCGCGAGGCUCACUUUCCUACUGGUAUUCGGGUGAGGUCCUUUUCAGAGACCACAAUAUGCUUUGCUGCCAAAGAUGGUACAACAAAGGACGGUGGAAAUGAUGGGGGAAAGAAAAGUGUCAGCGAGGGGAAGAGGUCCUCUGGCUCUGGCGGCUCUGGGAAGGGUGGUAGUCAGCUGCGAUGUCCUAAAUGUGGCGACCCUUGUACACAUGUAGAGACGUUUGUAACUUCAACUCGGUUUGUAAAAUGUGAGAAAUGCCAUCACUUUUUUGUGGUUCUGUCUGACACCGACUCCAAGAAGGGGCUAAACAAAGAGCCAGAAACUCACACCGAUGCACAGAAACCACCACCUCCCCCGAAGAAGAUCUAUGCUUACCUGGAUAAGUAUGUCGUUGGCCAGUCCCACGCUAAGAAGGUGCUGGCAGUUGCAGUCUACAAUCACUACAAGCGCAUCUUCAACAACAUCCCAGCAGGGAGUCGACAGCAGAUAGAAAUGGAGAAACAGCCCUCCCUGACGCCUCGUGAGUCAGAGAUGAGAAAACGAGAGGAUGAAUACAGAUUCACAAAGCUGCUGCAGAUAGCAGGAAUCAGCCCAAACGGAAACGCGCUGGGAGCCUCCAUGCAGCAGCAGACCAACCAGCCGCCGCCUCAGGAGCGCAGGGGCGGCGAAGUGCUGGACUCCACUCAUGUUGACAUCAAACUGGAGAAGAGCAACAUUAUACUACUUGGUCCAACUGGCUCUGGAAAAACAUUGCUGGCCCAGACUCUGGCUCGCUGUCUGGACGUUCCCUUUGCCAUUUGUGAUUGCACCACACUGACUCAGGCUGGAUACGUGGGAGAGGACAUUGAGUCCGUUAUUGCCAAACUGCUGCAGGAUGCCAACUACUCUGUGGAGAAAGCACAGCAAGGUAUUGUGUUCCUGGAUGAGGUUGAUAAGAUCGGGAGCGUCCCUGGCAUCCAUCAGCUGCGGGAUGUGGGAGGAGAGGGCGUCCAGCAGGGUUUGCUGAAACUGCUUGAGGGAACCAUUGUCAAUGUCCCUGAGAAGAACUCCAGGAAGCUGCGUGGAGAAACCGUGCAGGUGGACACCACUAACAUCCUGUUCGUUGCCUCCGGUGCCUUUAACGGACUUGAUCGAAUCAUUAGCAGAAGGAAAAACGAGAAGUACUUAGGUUUCGGGACGCCUUCCAACCUGGGAAAGGGGCGCCGCGCCGCGGCAGCCGCUGACCUGGCCAACAGCAGCGGUGAGACUGACACCGUGGCCGAGAUCGAGGAGAAGGACCGGCUGCUGAAGCUGGUGGAGGCUCGCGACCUGAUCGAGUUCGGAAUGAUCCCAGAGUUUGUGGGGCGUCUGCCUGUGGUGGUCCCUCUGCACAGCCUGGAUGAAGACACGCUUGUCAGAAUCCUGACCGAGCCCCGGAACGCUGUGGUGCCCCAGUACCAGGCGCUUUUCUCCAUGGACAAGUGUGAACUCAACGUGACGAACGAUGCCUUGAGGGCCAUCGCCAGGUUGGCCCUGGAGCGGAAGACUGGAGCCCGUGGCCUCAGGUCCAUCAUGGAAACACUACUCCUGGAGCCGAUGUUCGAGGUGCCUCACUCCGACAUCAUGGCGGUCGAGUUGGACAAAGAAGUGGUUCAAGGAAAGUCCCAGCCUCGAUACAUCAGAACUCCAGCCAAGGAGUCCUCAGAUGAGGAGUACGACUCCGGGAUCGAGGAGGAGAACUGGCCACGACAGGCGGACGCUGCCAACAACUGAAGUCACCCAUUUCACCUCGAGGCGCGGCAGCGGGACGUGGUUGAAUCCUUGAGUUUUACAACACAGCAGUGGACGUUUUAGUGGACGAUGAAGGCCGGCCGAUCUCGCUGCGGGGCGUUUUAAUGACGAACAAGUUGAGAUAGCGUAACAACCUCUUGUCCUGUGCGUCACUUGUUAAUUCUCUAGCAGUGCACUCACAGGUUGGACCUUUCUAAAGAACAUUUCAAUCUCUGGGGAUUGUUAACAUUUUUAUCUAUAUAAAGAUAAUGCAAUUUUAUUCAUAAGGUUUGUAGCUAGUCUGUUUUCUUCUCGUGCGGUGAUGGGCUGGAAAGGAAAGGGAAGGGAAGCGAAGCGAAGAGAAGAGGUGGAUGUAUCGGGGUCAGCCUGUGAACGCGGCUCGCUAGCACGUCUCCAUGUCGAGCCAUGCCUUAAAUCAUGAGGGCAUGAUAUUCCAUGAGCCAUCAAUAUUUUGAUGUUUUCUUCCUCCCACCAUUGUGACAAUGGUGUCGACAGUAGAAAAAUGGGCUGUAAGAUGUUCAGCUACAUCGUGUAGAGAACCUUUGUAUGACCUUGUAUCAGGCGGGUUUAGCACACCAGCACAAUCUACGGCAGGAUCUGAACCGCUGGUGACCUUUUUCCAGGACAGAAUGGUUAUUUUUCAGUGUUGGUUUUUUUUUUUUUCCCAUCCCAGUCCUGCUCAUUUAUUAUGGAUUAUAUUUGCUUUACGUGUGGCCAGAGCAGGAUGUGAAGAUUUUGGGUUUGUUAACCAUCAACUCCAGACUGACUUGGGUUCUUAUUUUCAAAGGCGUUGUUGCUGAAGAUCGAUUUGUCUUUAAUUUAACCUCAUGUAAGAACAAGAGUGAUUUUUUUUUUUUUUUUUUUUUUUUUU